CGUAGACUGAGCAAAAUCUUAGAAGCCCCAAAUCUCACGUUCACAUGGCAGAACAGAUGAGCAACGGAGAACCACACCAGUGCACCGAAAGAGUGCACCGAGACGAAAAAGUACGACCUGACUUAUUAAGUGAACCAAUAAAAGGGGGACGUGACUUAUACACUGACGGAUGUUGCUACAGACAUGACAAAGAUGGACUGGUCUCAGCUUACGCAGUAGUAGAACAGACAGAGACAGGAACACACACAGUACGAGCAGAGAGGAUCCAAGGACAGCAAUCAGCACAAAGAGCAGAAGUCUUGGCAGUGAUAGCAGCUCUGGAAGAGGGAAAAGACCAGAUAGUAAACAUAUACACUGACUCUGCAUAUGCAGCCGGGGCAGUACACGUAGAACUCAAACAGUGGCUCAGGGCAGGGUUCCUCACAGCUAACAGUCAGCCCAUCAGACACGAAACAGAAAUGAGACAACUUGCAGAAGCAUUACUAUUACCUCAGAAAGUAGCAGUGAUAAAAUGCAAAGGACACGAGAAACAUGAAUCCGCGACGAAAGCAGAUAAUGACGCAGCAGAUGCCGCAGCCAAACAAGCAGCAGGAUAUACACCACACUUCGUCAUGAUGAACACAGAACAUGAGGGACAGGUAAACACAGAAAAGGUGGUAAGCGCACAACAGGAAGCCUCCCCACAGGAAAAGACACUGUGGAAGGCUCGAGGAUGUACGGAGACAAAAGGGUUCUGGAGAGGACCCGAUGGCAGACCAGUAAUACCACCUCAGAUAAGGGAAAGAGCAAUGGUGGAGGCACAUGGAGUAGGACAUGUGGGAGUCACACAAAUGAUGCAUAAUCUGAGACACUGGUGGCAUCCAUACCUAAAAGACAUGUGUAAAGAACACAUACAAAGUUGUGAACAGUGUGUACAGUACAAUCCCAGACCAACAGUGAAGCCACACCCCGGGCGUUUCCCCCUGGAGACUCGAUCAGGUAAAGAAAUAAUAAUCGAUUACACUGACAUGAUCAAUCCAGUAAGGGGGUAUAGGUAUCUCCUCAUGUGCGUGGAUGCCUAUACGGGGUGGCCAGAAGCGUGGCCAACAAAAAGAGAAGACAGUAAAACGGUAAUUAAGUUCUUAAUAAACCACUAUAUACCGCAACAUGGGUUUCCGGAGAGAAUCCGGUCGGACAACGGAACCCACUUUAAAAACCAAGACCUCCAACAGGUGGAACAGAUGCUGGGUCUGCAGCACAAGUUCGGUACAGUGUACCACCCACAAUCCCAGGGAAAAGUGGAACGAAUGAAUCAAUCAGUCAAAAACAAAUUGGCAAAAAUCUGUGCACAGACCAAAAUGAAUUGGCUCGAUGCGUUACCACUAGCACUCAUGGCCAUUAGGAGCUCCAUUAACCAAAGCACGGGUUUUACGCCAUUCGAACUGCAGACAGGGAGAGCAUUUCCAGGACCUCAGUCUCAGUUACCAGCAGGGGCAGUAGAAAUGUCUGAGCUAACACAUAAGCUGUAUUUCCAUGAACUGCAAAGUCUCGUUACAGCGUAUGCGAAACAGGUUGGCGACCGGCAGGCGGAAAAACACGACAGCCCUGGACCUGACGUGGACUGGGUGCUCCUAAGAGUCAUCAAGAGGAAGUGGACGGAACCUCGGUGGACUGGACCGUAUCAGGUGACAGAGAGGACAUCACACGCAGUCCGGCUGAAAGGCAAAGGCGAUACCUGGUACCACUGGAGUCAGUGUGCGGCUGCACAGGCUCCCACCCGAUCGCUGAGGGACACACACAGGGACCUGUGUGCAACGACAAAGGCACCGGCGAGUGCUGAAGCAAAGCCCACCUCAACAAAAGGGGCAGAAUAAUCCCCAGGUGGCAAAAGGGGGUGAAGGAGUCGAACCUGAACCCUGACGGAGGAACGGUGAAAUUAGCGCGUUCCUCCCAACAAGUAGCGUGCCAAGCUACCAACGCAAGCGUCAGAUCAAGAUCCGGACGACAUCAAUGAACAACAUCCAGUUGAUAACGUAUAUUGUGUUUUUAAUUAUCGUGUUUUCAUCUUUUUAGGUGGAGUCAUUAGACUCCUCUGCAAUAAUCUAGUUGAUAUACAAUAAUUGUACGCCAUUUGCGGAAUUGUAUGACGAGCCACACACGGGUUUAAAGCUCCACUAGAGGUCACAAGCUAUCCAUAACCCCUCAUUAGUGUCACGUGAGAGCCAGAGGCACACGUCAGAAGGUUUAGCUUGCUUUUCUUAUAAGAAUCUACUCGAAAUGUUGCUAUACGCGAAUUGGAAGGUGCUCAUCCUAGCAGGAGUUGUCGCCGUAGCUGUUGUAGUAAUUGUGUUCAGCAUCUAUGAAUGGGGGCCACAGCAGGAGCAUAAUAGAGGAAGGCGAUCAGUGAGUGGUAAGUCCACUGACGCCUGUAUAAAACUUCCCUCAUGGCUAUACAGAACAGAAUGGCUCUCGACAUGAUUCUGGCCGAGAAAGGGGGUGUAUGUUCCAUGUUUGGAGACAUGUGUUGCACAUUUAUUCCAAACAACACGGCACCAGACGGAUCUGUAACCAGAGCCCUGGAAGGCCUGAGAGCGCUCUCGAACACAAUGCACGAACAUUCCGGCCUCGACAACCCCAUGGAUGAGUGGUUUGCUAGCACGUUUGGUAAGUGGAAGAGUUUGAUUUUAUCUUUAUUAAUGUCGAUUGCAGUAUUUACAGCCAUCCUGGUUACAUGUGGCUGCUGUUGCGUGCCUUGUAUUCGGUCGCUGAUGGUAAGGUUUAUCACUACUACCAUAGAAGGUAAAUCUCAGCCACCGCCUUAUAUGAUGCCCCUCCUUCAGGAUGAAGUGGAGAUGGAGCUGGGAGAUAUCAGGGAUCCGUCCGCAGUUUAAAUGUUUGAUUUUAUACGCUGGGCUAGCUUGUGUUGAUCUCUUUAUAGAGAUAAGAAAGGGGAAUAACAAUUUUUUAUUUACUUAGUUUAGGUUGAUCUCUUUGUAGAGAUCAAAAGGGGGAAUUGUGGGAACAGUAAAAUGUAUGCAUGCUUAUGAGUGCCUUAAUAAUCAGGUUUAAUUACCAGAAGUGAUUCAAUAUGCAAAAUAUGGGACAUAAUCAAUGGAACAGAAUACACUGAACAUGUACUGUGUGCAGAAGUGGAAAACACUGGAAGGCCGAAUGAUAUGAUUGUAUUGAGAACAACUUGUACUUAAAGGUCACCAUGUAUUUUCUGAAGAUGUCUCGCGGGGGGAGCAGGACACGCCGGACCACAAUCUAACAGAGAAAGUGUGUCAAAGAGGAGAAGUAGAUGAGCCUAUCAGGAGUAGACAAACACCUUAGACUGUAGGAAUAGAAAAGAACUGCCCCCGCGAAGGCAACUCAGAUCCAGACUCAUAUCUUUGUAUGUACUGUGGUCUCCACACUCUGCAGACUGUGAAUAAAUACUCGUACU